CAAUGCCGCACAAUCCUCAUCUCACUCUCUCUCUCUCUCUCUCGCCACACACACAAACGCUCUAGCAGAGCUGAGCUCACUGCUUUCGGAAAAAAUCUCCCUCUCCCUCAUUAAUUUUCUGGGACCCGUCAAUAUGGAGAUUGGCACAACAGGAAGACUAGUUAAGGACCUUUUAGACGCUUUCUUAUCAUGCUUGGUUCCGUUACGAUCACCAUAGGUGCUGUAAUGGCAGAAAAGUACCGUGGUUUUCACAGAGAUUGCAAAUGCUAUAUUGGAAAAGUAUCCCUAAACUUCAUUACAAUGCGAUUGGCUGCAAUGUAAAGAUGAGCUACCCAAGGUUGUCUCAUCUGCAUCCAGGUUCUGCAACAAAGUAUUGGAUGAACAGGGAAUUAUGGAGAACAUAUUCCAUGCCAGCUAGUUUGGAGGAGUCUUCAUCAAUACAAUCUGAAGAUGAAGAGAAUGGAUCUAGUGAUUCAUCAGAGGACCAUGCGGAACAAUUGAGCAGUGAUGAUUUGAAGGCACUGCUAGCUGACUCGGAAAGAGAAAGGCUCGUUAAAAAUUUAAGUGAAGCCAAUCAACAUAAUAGGUUCCUUAAAAGACAGCUUCAUGCAAAAGAAGAUGAACUGGUUAAUUGGAAAAGUGAACUGGCUAUAAUGGAACUUGAAAUUCAGGCUUUAGUUACACUGGCAGAAGAAAUAGCCCAAUCUGGCAUUCCAGAAGGUUCAAGAAAGAUAAAUGGGAAAUACAUUCAAUCUCACCUCUGUUCACGUUUACAAGCUGUCCAUGAAAGAUUGAAGGAACAAAUAAAGGAUGUUGAUGCUGCACAAUCCAAGGAGGUUCACUUAUUCUGGUGUGGCAUGGCAGAGAGUGUACAAGUAAUGGGAUCCUUUGAUGGUUGGAGUCUAGGAGAGCACUUAUCACCAGAGUAUGAUGGUUCUUUUAACAGGUUUACGACAACAUUAAUGCUUAGACCUGGAAGGUAUGAGAUCAAGUUCUUGGUCGAUGGAGAGUGGCAACUGUCUCCAGAAUAUCCUACCGUUGGUGAGGGACCAACCGAAAAUAACUUGUUAGUUGUUGAGUGACUAGCGGUCCACAGAUCUUAUUACUGUGAAACAAUUUAAGAUUACCAUUUCCUAGUAUGAGCUGCUUUCUCUUGAUGCAUUUCUAGUAGUAGCUUAUUAUAUGCUUUAUAGAUGCCUGUGAACUAGCAGACGAGUUUAAGUAUGCAAAACUGAAAAUUGUGUAAAUGUUUGGCAUUUAUAUGAAUAAGUUGAAGAAUUUUUUUGGCUUUCA